UCCACCACUGGGUCUCGCACCACCUCCACCCCCCUCCUCUCCCUGCACCCUCCCCUUGGCUGUCGAUAUCACAGACCGGAGAGGUUUGAAUCCAGUCGGCCGCCAUGCUGAGCUGAGACAGAGCGACACACCAAACUUUGUCACGCUGCUGCUGCUGCUGCACCGACGCUCACCUCCGUAGCUUCACACCGGGACAAAAAAAAGAGGAAACCUCCCCACGACGGGUGUUGUGACAUUUGCCCGCGGGCCUCUCCAUCAGCCAUUUUCAACUGUGUGAAGACGAGCGAAAAGGAGUUUUAAUGAAUCAGUAUUCGCUAGCCGAUGCCAUGACAGACAAAGGAAACAUCACAGUUCCGAAGUUAUCAGAGUCUAAUAUGGGAUUUGGCGUGUUGGGAGUGUUUUUGGGGCUGCUCCUGGAGGUCUCCACCCAUGGACCCCAUGCUGUCCCUCGAACCUCCUGGAGACAUCAAGAUUUAGAUGUGAUGGAGUUUUCAGAGCCAGAGAUCUUCAAUUACACCACUUUGUUGCUGAGUGAGAAAAAGGAUGCGUUGUAUGUGGGAGCCAGAGACGCCAUCUUUGAGCUCAGCAAGAAGAAUGUGACAGUCAGACACAACAAGGUUCAGUGGACUGUUGCAGAAAUCCCCAUGACGAUGUGCACACUUAAAGGAAAAUCAAAAGAGAGGGACUGUCCAAACUACAUUCGAGUGCUCCAAGUUGUAGACGAUGAGCGCCUGUAUGUGUGCGGCACGCAUGCCUUUCAGCCGCAGUGUGACUACUUGAACCUUGCGGACUUCUCGUUGCUCGGUCAAGCUGAAGAUGGCAGGGGGAAGUGUUCCUUUGACCCCUCCCAAAGCUUUACUACUGUCAUGGUUGAUGGAGAGCUGUACUCAGGGACAGCUUAUAACUUCUUAGGCAGUGAACCGAUUAUAUCCAGAUACUCUCCACCCCAGUCCCUGCUGAGGACAGAGUACUCCACAUCAUGGCUCAACGAGCCCAGUUUUGUUUUUGCCGAUGUGAUCAGGGAAGGGACAAACAGAGUGGACGGUGAGGAUGAUAAAAUCUACUACUUCUUCACUGAGGUGUCAGUGGAGUAUGAAUUCUUUGGCAAGCUGCUCAUCCCCAGGGUGGCGCGUGUCUGUAAGGGUGACCUCGGAGGACAGCGCACUCUGCAGAAGAAGUGGACUUCCUUCCUGAAAGCCAAGCUGGUUUGCUCCAUGCCUGAGCUCAACUUUGUCUUCAAUGUAGUACAUGAUGUCUUCAUCCUGAAGGGGGCAGACUGGAAGGACACGGUCAUCUACGGGGUCUUCACCUCCCAGUGGGGUAAUGUGGGUUUGUCAGCAGUGUGUGCCUACAACAUGACAGCUGUGGAAGAGGUCUUCUCCAAGGGCAAGUACAUGCAAAAGGCCACAGUGGAGCAGUCCCACACCAAGUGGGUCCGGUACAACGGCAUCACCCCUUCUCCACGUCCUGGAGCAUGUAUUAACAACCUAAUGCGACGGCAGAACAUUAGCAGCUCUCUCCACCUGCCCGACAAGACCCUUCAGUUUGUCAAGGACCACCCCCUGCUGGAGGAUCCUGUCCUGCCCAUCGGCAACGGACCUCGCCUCAUCACUAAAGAUGUCAAUUACACUCAGAUCGUUGUGGCGAGAGUCCGGGCACUUGAUAGGAACAUUUACGAUGUCAUUUUCACUGGGACAGAUAAAGGAGUCCUGCACAAGUCUGUGAUGUUUGAAGGAGAGGUUCAUAUUGUGGAGGAGAUCCAGCUCCUGAAGAACUUCGAAUCUAUCAAGAACCUUCUGUUGUCCUCUGAGACACGAUCCCUGUACGCUGGCUCAGACUCUGGUGUAGUCCAGUCACCUACAGCCUUCUGUGGCCGGUAUCAAACCUGCGAUGACUGCGUCUUGGCUCGAGACCCAUACUGUGCCUGGGACCCUCACACUGCUGCUUGUGUCAAUAUCUUCGACUCUCCCAGCCAGUGGCAUAGGAGGCUAAUCCAGAGCCUGAAUGGUGAUGCAGACAAGUGUCCUUCAGUGUCAGGUCGGUCUCUGAAGGACUACAAGAGUGUGACAGUGAAACCGGGGAGCUCUGCUGAGCUGCCUUGCCUGGUACCCUCCAACCUAGCCCAGGUGAUGUGGAAAUCCAAUGGCUCUGUUCUCACCGAGGCCUCUCGCUUUCACCUCAUUGGUGAAAGUGGUCUCCUUAUUUACAGCGUGGCUCCGGAGGAUCAAGGUCACUACGAAUGUUGGUCUGUGGAAUGGGCCCCAGCCGUUGGCAAGAACUUCAGCCGCCUCCUGGCUGCGUACGUCCUUACUCUGGAUCUCCCUCCCAGACCCCCACACCAGGCAGGCCAUGUGACUACCACCACCCUUGGCAGCCAGGAGACAUCUAGAACACAUGCAGCCGAAAGUAAUGGUAAGACAGAAAGAGACCCACUAAUGUCGGCCCUUGCCCCUCCCAGCUUCACAGCCACAGUCCAAUUCACCUCCCCACCCCAAACUGACUCAUUACUAACCCCACCCCCCAGCAGUACAAUCAAAUUCCAGCCAAAGCAUCUUCCCCCGAGCUCCAACGCUCCCCGCCCAGACAACCGGGACCCGGCCGCUGAGUAUUUGCAUUACAACAACAGCAUCGCCCUCCUCUUCCUCUUCCUCCUGUUUUUCCUCCUCUUCCUGGCUGCCCUGGCGUACAACUGCUACAUGCAGUACCUUCCAGCCCCCUGCCUGCGGCUGCGGGCUGCUCUCCUGGGCAGCCACAAGAGCGCCCAUCAGUCUGUGUAUCAGGCCUGUGAAUCAGGUCUAAUGGAAGCAUCGGCUGCUGACAAAAUUAACAUGACUGAGCAACCCACGCAGAACGGCAGCCAAGCCACCCAAAACCUGCGUGCGCUCCGUGACACUGGAUAUGAGACCGAGCCAGAGUGCGGCAACGGUCGGAUCCCCUCACACAGCUUUGGAGACGACAGCACCUCUCAGGAGAAACCUUUUGAUGUGGACUGUGAAUCUCAGCCCAUCCAGUUCGCAGAUGCAGAUGAACCUUACUGCUAUCCAGAAGCCUCCUGUUCCUCUUAGCACAAAGUAUUUUAUAGGAGGGGGGGGUCACAUGCUCGCUUCCCAGUGAUUUCCUUCAGAUGAAAAUAUGUGUAAUGCACAGAAUCAGAUGAAGUUUAAUGAUCAUAAAGCUUAAGUCAGGUGUCCCAAUUGCCUGUAGAGAUGUAACUCCUGCUGUCUGAUUUAAGACUUAUGACGAUAAAGCAGAAACUGUAUUCUCAUAAGCUGCAACCCUCUCAGCUUAGUCCAGCAAGAAAAGCUAUUUCUUAAAUUCCAGAUUGGAAACAUUGUUUACCAAAUUGGUAAGUUACUCUGAUGUUUUCCAAAUUGGAGUCAUGUUUUUUUGUACAGCUUUGGAAAUAAUCUUUUGAAGCUUUUGCAUUUUUCUUUCCUCUCAAAGCAUUGUGUGUAGGCUAUUGGGUAAAUGCUUCAACAUCACAUUCAUUUCUCAGGGAAGAUUUACUCAGUACAUCAUAACCUGGCUUUGUUGUGUACAGUGUUGCACUCUGCAGGUCCUGGUAUUUGGGCCUAUGAGGUGUCAGCAUCAGGUUUGAAGGUCAGAGGAGGAGAAAAACAAGUGGACAUGCGACAACUUGCGUUUUAGAAAAAUGCUGGAAUGAAUCAAACCACUGUGUAUUUUAUUUUAUUUUAUUUUUUUUUGCUCCCUAUGAAUUUGACCUACAUGGAUGCAUGUAUUAACCCGUUCUAGUCGUCUUCACUAAUGUGGUCUGUUAAUAACCCAAAUAUGUUCAGUAUGACGUGAUGCUUGAUGCUUUUUCUAAAAAAUCCCUGGAAAUGAUCUGAAGUUUUUUUUUUUUUUUAAGAAUUAAUUUUAAUCAAACCUUCAGUUUUAGAACAUUUUCAGACAAUUAUUAUUUAAAAUAAGUCACAUCUGUGGUAAUACCAUUUUUGUCUCUUGUACAAGUACUUGUGAUCAUCCUUAUUUGUUCUUAUUUUAUUUAUUGCAGCCAAUUUGUUUUGUUUUUUUUAUAUCCCUCAGUCUUCUCUUUUGCAUGCCAUCCCCUUGUGUAGAUCUCCAAUUUUCCUCAAUACUGUCUCUUUCUUCAUCACUCCCUCCCUCACAGCUUCUUCUCCUGUCGACACUUCAUCUUCCCCGUCCUCUUCUGGAAGUAGCACUCCCUCUGCCUUCCCUUCCUCCUCUUCCUCCUCCUCCUCCUCUUCUUCCACCUCCUCCUCCUCCUCUCACUCCACCAAGCCCCACAGUGUGGAGGCACGGGAGGCAGAGGUUAGACUGUUGCCUCCCCUGCUGAAGGACCAGGCCUGGGGAGUUCAUGCCCAGGAGACCUUCCUGCUCUUCUGCCUGGCCUUGGGUGAGUGGUGCCUGUGACG